CUCGUGUCAGGAUAGCUUGGUGCGCUCUGAUACAUAAAAAAGAGAACGUCGAACUGCGAACUACAAAACUCAUUUGCAAAUAAAUUAGUUGCUUGUGUGGAGAAUUGAGCGCGAGACAAGUACGGGAUGAAUACAAGUGUACGAUUUAAGUUUAAUAUCGAUGCUGCAUAUCGAUAUUGAGAAAGAAUUUGGUGAUGUCAUUCCAUUUUAAACAGAAUUACAUCAGACCUGUGGCAUACAGAAUUGUUUCGUAGAUAAAUAAUCGCGGAUGCAUCUUGUUUUCACAGACUGUUAUUAGCUCUCUACACGAAACGUACGAUACUUAGAAAAAUCAGUGAUGGUUAUAAAGAAGCUUUAAAUUAAAACAGUUGAAGGGGAUUGCCAGCGUCUUUGAAGUUGUAUUCAUUGCAGAACUGAAGUUGAAGGAAUCGUGCAGUGUUGUUUGGUAGAGACAAGCCCGAGGAUUGAAUUAAAAAUAUUCAACAAUGCGCCAUUUCUACUAGUUAACUGCAAUUAAUGUAGACGUGUUUAUAAUUAUCUUACAUCGAAGUUAGAAGUGCGAACGCCAUGCAGGAUUUCACACUGACUUUGGUUAUUAUGGCAACGCUAAGCCUGCUCAAACUCACGUCUGCACAAGUUUGCCAACCUGAUGAAUGGCAGUGUGAUUAUGGGACCUGUAUUGACCGAAGGCUAAGGUGUAAUGGACGCCAAGACUGCCCCAGAGAUGAUUCUGAUGAACGGAAUUGCCUUAGUAUUGCUGGAAACUGUUCACAAUGGCAGUUUACAUGUGCGGACGGAACUUGCAUUGAUGGCAGACUCCGCUGUGACGAAUAUGUCAAUUGUCCCAACGAUGAUUCUGAUGAAAAAUUUUGUCCAUGUAAAGAGGAUGAGUUUACAUGUGCAAACAAGUACUGCAUCCCGAAGAGCAACCGGUGUGACGGUUUUAACAACUGUCAAGAUGGCAGUGACGAGCAGAACUGCCAGGAGUGCGAACACAACGAGUUUCAGUGUCGUGAUAAGACUUGCAUCAGUGUAGCCAAGAGAUGUGAUCGUCAACAUGACUGCCCAGAUGGCUCAGAUGAAUUGAACUGUGGGGCAAUAACGGGUUGCCGAGAAGACCAAUUCCGUUGCAAUGAUGGGGUGUGCCUCAACAUUAACCAGAGGUGCAACUUUAUUCAGGAGUGUGUGACUGGAGAAGAUGAGAAGGGAUGUACCCGCUGCACCCCAUCUCAGUUUCACUGUAAAGAUGGAAGCUGUGUGGAUCUCUCUGCCCAUUGUAAUGGUCACAGAGACUGCGGUGAUGGAAGUGACGAGGAGGAUUGUGUCUUGGUACGAGCAUGCAAUUGUGCAUGGUUGGCUUCUUAUUUUAAUACUCUGAUGGGUAAUUGCUGCUGGCGAGUACACAAAUAUCAAGGUGGACGCAUGCUCGUUCUAUUUAUGGAGAUGAUUUGCCAGUGGUGCUGUCAGCAUGGAUUAACCUGCAUAGAUUUUGGGUUUCGUUGUGAUGGACAUCUCACCUGCAGGGAUCGCUGUCAUGAGGUGACCUGUUCAGGUGAAGUCAAACCUUCUUGUGGACCUGGCAAGUUCAGAUGUAAUGAUGGUGCCUGUAUCGAUGAGGAUUAUCGCUGCGAUGAAGUUGCAGACUGCCGUGAUGGUAGUGAUGAACGAUUCUGUGGUGGCGUAACUGAAGGCAGUGUUACUUGUGCUCCUGGUGACAUUGUGUGCGGAGAUGGAUCUUGUGUUGACCCAAGACAGCGAUGCGACAAAUUUUUCGACUGUGCCGAUGGAACUGAUGAGAGAGAUUGUGGAUUGUGUACUCCUGCUGAGUUCCGAUGCGAAGAUGGACAGUGCAUCCCUGAGGAGAAGCGCUGUGAUACGAGAUCUGACUGUAGGGAUGGUUCGGAUGAACUAGAUUGCAAAUCAUGCAGGCCGGACGAAUUUAGAUGCAACGAUGGAAUGUGUCUGGAGGGCAGCAAGGAGUGCAAUGGUUACCCAGAGUGCGGGGAUGGGAGUGAUGAGGCAGACUGCGGCAAUGGGCGAUGUUUAAGCAACCAGUUCAAAUGUAAUAAUGGAUUGUGCAUAUCGGAGACCUUCAGGUGUGAUGGGUACAGUGACUGUGAGGACGACUCUGAUGAAGUUGGAUGCUCUCCAAGAUGUUCGAGCAAUGAGUUUGAAUGCAGGGACCAGUCUUGCGUCCCUCUCUUCAGGAAAUGUGAUGGAUCUGCAGACUGUCCGGACCGCUCGGAUGAGUUUGAUUGCCCAACACAAGCUCCAAAGACAUGUGCAUCAUUUGAAUUUACCUGUCAGGAUGGAAGCUGUAUAGAUUCACGUAGAGUCUGUGAUCGUCGAACGGACUGCAGGGAUGGGUCUGACGAAGCUGAUUGUGGUUGCUCAUCCAAUGAAUUUCAGUGUGCAUCUGGCGAAUGCAUCAGUCUGUCAGGUCAUUGCAAUCGGCGUAUUGAGUGUCGCGAUGGCAGUGAUGAAGAGAACUGCCCAACACCCCGUCCUCAGCCUCCUCCCUUGUGGCCUCCUUCCGGUGGUUGUCCUCCUGGCCAAUCACCUUGUCGCACUCCAGGACAGUGUGUGCCUUCGUCAGCCAUCUGUGAUGGUAGAGUCGACUGUCAGGAUUUCUCAGAUGAGGCCAAUUGUGUUGUUGCUGAAGAGGGAGAGAGGUCGUGCUCCUAUGCAGAAUUCCGAUGUGAGAACGGCCCAUGCAUUCCCCAUAGGAAACGUUGUGAUGGCAAGAUUGAUUGUCCUCUUGAUUCCAGCGAUGAAUUAGAUUGUUCACGUAACCCAGCCGGACUGAACUUGAAGACGUAUCCCGAAGAUCAAGUGAUAGAAGAAAUUUCAUCGGGUCGUGAGGUGGUAUUCCAGUGUCGAGAUGAAGGCCCACUUAGAGCGAGAGUCAGGUGGCUACGAGGCAAUGGAUUACCGUUGCCUCCUGGAUCGAGGGAUGUUAAUGGACGAUUGGAAAUACCUGACAUACAGGUGGAGCACUCGGGAACAUACAUCUGUGAGGCUGUUGGAAUCCCUCCAAACACUCCUGGAUCACAAGUGUCUGUUCAUCUUGUAGUGGAACCAUCCAAACCACAACCAACUCGCCCAUCUACAGCUUGUAAACUGCAUGAGGCGACGUGCUCCAAUGGGGAGUGCAUCAACAAACAAGCAGUAUGUGAUGGGAAAUUUGAUUGUACUGAUGGUUCUGAUGAAUUGAGAUGCAGUCCCCAUGGUUGCGAGCCAAAUGAGUUUCGAUGUGACAAUAAAAAGUGUGUCCUGAAGACUUGGCGCUGUGACUCAGAUGAUGAUUGUGGCGAUAAGUCUGAUGAAAACAACUGUGCCACAAAUCCACCAGGUUCUCCUUGCCGUUAUCAUGAGUUUCAGUGUAAAUCAGGAAAUCAAUGUAUCCCACGAUCCUUCCACUGUGACUUGGAAGUUGACUGCUUAGAUGGCUCUGAUGAAGUUGGCUGCUCACCUGUCUAUAUUCAAACACCUCCACCACCCAUGGUGCUGGCAAAUGUUGGUGAUGUUUUGACCAUCACAUGUACAGCUAUCGGUGUUCCAACACCAGAAGUGGUAUGGAGGUUGAACUGGGGACACCUACCCAGUAAAUGUUCUUUCACAAGUGUCGGCGGAGUGGGUACCUUGACGUGUCCCGAUAUUCAGGAAUCGGACCAAGGGGCAUACAGCUGUGAAGCUAUCAACAACAGAGGAUCCGUGUUUGCUGUGCCUGAUACCAUCCUUGUUGUGAAGAAACAGCCAUCUGUUUGCCGUGCAGGAUAUUUCAACAGUGAGGCCAGAUCUCCUGCCGAGUGUAUUUCAUGCUUUUGCUUUGGUGUUACCACAGACUGCAGAAGUGCCGAUCUCUUUACUUACCAGUUGCCACCCCCAUUUGACCAAUACAAACUUGUUGGUGUGAAUGUGAACCCCUCUACAGGAUCAGUAGAUAUCCAUUCAGAAUCACCAUACCGGUCUCUGCCAUCUGUCCGUCCCAUAGAAAGAAAUGGAUUCCAUGUUCAAACAUCAGAGAGACUUCCUGAUAAUGUAUACCCAUACUUUGUGAUGCCGGAGAACUACCACGGGAACCAGCUGAAGUCUUACGGAGGCUAUGUGAAAUAUACUGUGCGGCAUGAAGGACAUGGUCAUCCAAUUUCUGCACCUGAUGUUAUCCUGUCUGGCAAUGGCUAUACUCUGGUACACCCUGGUCGGCCACCGAUACCUGGACGGGACAAUGACUACUCGGUGAGAUUCUUCUAUGGAGAAUGGUACAAGCGAGGAAGUGCUCGGCCAGGAGGGGACAUUCCAGGGGAACCAACUGAUACACUAGCCACGAGAGAGGAAAUAAUGAUGGCCCUUGGAAAUGUUGAUAAUCUUCUUAUCAGGGCUCAGUAUGAUGAUGGUCCCUUCCUGAAUACACAAAUCUUCAACAUUAACAUGGACUCCGCAGGCAUCCGCAACACUGGACAAGGACAAGCGGUGUUCGUAGAGGAAUGUCGUUGCCCUGCUGGUUACACUGGACUUUCCUGUGAGCUGUGUGCUCCUGGUUACAACCGGCAUCAAUCAGGACCGUGGCUGGGACUGUGUAGCAAGGAUCGUGAGCCUUGCCGUCCUGGUACUUACGGAGAUCCACCACGCGUACCAUGUGAAACAUGUCCAUGUCCGCUCACUAACCCCGGAAACCAGUUUGGCCGUACAUGUUUCUUGGACACUGAUGGACAAGUUACCUGUGACUGUCCACAAGGUUAUGUAGGCCGGAGAUGUGAACAGUGUGCAUCAGGAUACCAAGGCAACCCAUUUAUUCCUGGUGACAGAUGCACGCAAGGAUACUGUGAUGCAGCAGGCAGCUUGUCACCUAGACCUGACUCAUCUACUGGUCGUUGUAUUUGUAAGGACUACACCACUGGACCAACUUGUAACCAAUGUAAGCCAAACAAUUUCCACCUGGAUGCAAGCAAUCAGUUUGGUUGCAUUCAAUGCUUCUGCAGUGGCGUUACAGGCCAGUGUCUUAGCUCCAGCUGGUACCGGCAGCAAGUCUUAGUACCGGCGUUUUCACGGAGCACCCAGGACUUCAAGUUGGUAGAGGCUCUCCGACCCAAAGAACCCAUCACGGAAGGACUCAGGGUUGAUUCCAACACAAGGGAACUUGUUUUCCAAGACUUCUCACGGAACAGUCCAGGAGUAUACUAUUGGCUGUUACCACCACAGUUCUUAGGUGAUAAAGUGACGUCUUAUGGUGGUCAUCUGAACUAUACAGUUCGAUAUGUUCCAACACCAGGAGGUCAGAGUUCAAGGAACAAUGCUCCAGAUGUUGAGCUGAUCAGCUCAAAUGACAUCCAGUUGCUAUACUUCGGGAGAGACCAGAUAGAGCCAAAUCGCCCACAAACAAUCUCAGUGCCCAUUUUGGAGCAAUACUGGCAGCGCCAUGAUGGACAGAGCACAAAUAGGGAACACCUCAUCAUGGCACUGGCUGAUGUUGAAGCUAUUCUCAUUAAAGCCACAUACACAACAAACACACGGGAAGCAGCUCUUAUUCAGGUGUCCCUAGACAUUGCUGAAGAGCGUAACACAGGACAAUCACGCGCUCUUGCUGUGGAACAGUGCCAGUGUCCUAUAGGCCACCGUGGAUUAUCUUGUGAGGACUGUGAUGUCGGUUAUACUCGUUCUGAGGGUGGACUGUACUUGGGAAAUUGUGAGCCUUGCAGUUGCCAUGGGCAUUCAAAUGAGUGUGAUCCAGAAACCGGAAUUUGCGUAAAUUGUGCAGACCACACAACUGGUGACCAGUGUGACAUUUGCGAGGAAGGCUACACAGGAGAUGCCACGCAGGGCACUCGGUCAGACUGUAGACCGUCCGGACCUCUUCCACAAUGUAGGUGUGACAGCAGAGGCAGUGUUCGAGCUGAUUGUCCAGAUGGUAACCAGUGUGUUUGCAAGACAAAUGUUGAAGGAAGAAACUGUGACCGCUGUCGGCCCGGAACGUUCUCAUUGUCUGAGAACCACAUUGAAGGCUGUUUGGAAUGUUUCUGUAGUGGAACAACAGAUACUUGUCAGCAGGCAAACCUCUACAAGACCCAGAUCCCAAUGCAGGUGGUCGACUCUACUCAUGGAUUUACUUUAAGUGAUAGACAUCGAAAUGAAGCGGUUCGUGAAAACUUAAGAGUGAAUGAGAGAAGCAAUGAAAUUGGAUAUGACUUUCCAGUAGGACGCGCUCAGACUCUGUUCUGGUCGCUACCGCCAGCAUUUACUGGGAACAGAAUUACCUCGUAUGGUGGAAACCUAACAGUGACACAGCUGUACAGAACUUUGCCUGGUGCAAGCUACUCUUCCGACACUGAUAUUAUAAUUUAUGGCAGUGGAAUUUCUAUUUACUGGACCAACAUAGAUCAAAUUAUUCCUGAUCGAGCAGUGGCAUUCUCUGUGCCGUUGGUAGAGAAUUUCUGGAGACGAUUGGACCAGGUAGCAGGACAGAAAGUAGCAUCUAGGGCUGAUUUACUAACUGUCUUGUCUGAUGUCGAAGCCAUCUUGGUUCGAGCCUCACACAGCUCACAGACAAGGAGUACAUACAUCAGUGACGUCUCUCUGGAUACUGCUGUUCCUCAGUAUACGGAACAGGGAUUGGUUACUGAAGUAGAGAACUGCCAUUGUCCCCCUGGCUACAGAGGAACUUCUUGUGAGCUGUGUUCUUCUGGCUACUACCGAGACUUCAGUGACCGCUCUGCUAGUGUGCUUGGUGCCUGCUCAAAGUGUCCUUGCAAUGGCAAAGAAGAGAGUUGCUCUGUUUCAUAUGAUGGUCGUGUCACUUGCAGGUGUCUGCCAGGCUAUACUGGUCGAUACUGUGACAGUGUUGGUCUAGAGAUGAAGUUAUUUCCGAACCUGGUUAGCCAACCCGUUGGCUCACAGGUUGACUUCACAUGUAGCUACAACAGUAAGGAGGAAUUGACCGUCAAAUUUGAAGAAGUGUCCAGCGUUGUGACGCGACAUACAGGCAAUGGAAAUGGUGGUUAUGUUGGCCACACUGUGCAGAGAUAUGACUGGGGUGCAGAAAGUGUGUACCAUCUGUGGAUCCGUGCUGACCACACAGAACUAACAUGCACUGUGUACAACAGAGAAGGCAUUGCUAUGGGUACUCUGAAGGCCAUGAUACGUCACCCAGAUGGAGGGGUGACAACUGUGUUUCCCCCAACUCGGCCCCCACCUCCUCAACCUACCAUCGUCAUUUCUGUUUCUGAACCAUCUAUAAAGAUUGUUGAUGUUGGCAGCACUGUUCGCUACAGAUGUUCUGGAAGAUCAAUCUUGGAGAUACCUGUAACACUGCAGUGGAGUAAGGAAGGUGGAGAUCUUCCGAGAGACAGGGCAUUUGAUGACCAACAAGGACUUCUGGUCAUCACAGAUGUUCACGUCUCUGACUCAGGAAUAUACAUCUGCUCUGCUACAGAUGGCCAGUCUAUUGUUACUGAAAGAGUUGAGUUGGCAGUUGGAGGCCCCCACCAGACACCACCACAAGUCACGAUCCUUCCUCGGUUCUUGGAAGUGAAAGAAGGAGGCCCAGUUGAGUUCCGCUGUGAAUCAACUGGUAAUCCGGCACCAACACUUCGAUGGAACAUUGGUGGCAAUAAGCAGCUGAAUCCUGAAGCAUCUUUCUCAAACGGUAUUUUCCGCAUACCCGCAGCUCGAAAGUCUGAUGAGUCAGAUUAUGAGUGUAUAGCUACCAAUCCUUCAGGGUCUGAUACACAGCGCACAAUUCUGUAUGUUACUGAAGGGAUAUCGCCUGGUCCUAGUAUAAAGCUGACCGUCGAACCACCAGAGUACGCAGGGCCUGGAGGAGAAACAGUCCGACUGAGUUGUCUGGUUGGAGAAGAUCGUGGAUCAUAUCACAUACGCUGGUCCCGAGCAAAUGGACGGGACCUUCCAUCCGGUGCAGUGCAAAGUGAUGGUAUUCUCACCAUCUACAAUGCCUCUCCAGCUGACUCCGAUGUUUACGUGUGCACAGCAACACUGAGGAGUACAGGGGCAGUGGCCCAGAUUCAGGCCAGGGUCACUAUCGUCUCCAACCGAGUGCCUCCUACUGUCCGGAUAGAGCCAGAAACUCAGACGAUAUCACAAGGAACGGUGGGAGAGCUGAGAUGUACUGCCACAGGAGAUCCUACACCGAGCAUCAGAUGGAGCAAAUUGAAUGAGGAGCUUGGUGGUAAUGUUCAGGCAGUAGGACCUGUGCUGAGGAUUAUCAAUGCUCUGGUACGAGACAGAGGUGUGUACAUAUGUACUGCAGAAAAUGCUGGUGGGAGUUCUGUGACAUCGGCUGUCGUGGAAGUUGAGCGCCGAGAACCUCCUGCUGUUGAGGUGUACCCUGAGGCAACGCAGACUGUGAUAGCUGGUGGAAGUGUUCUGCUGCAGUGUCGAGUAACAGGAGGAAUCCCUUCACCACGUGUUAGUUGGACCCGCACCAAUGGACGUCCCUUGUCAUCAAUCAUUGAAGAACUGCCCGGUGGAGUGCUCAGAUUUAGUCAAGUGACUCAAGCGGAGUCAGGCCAGUAUAUUUGCCAUGCAGAGAGUGAGGCAGGUUCUACCACUGCCAUAGCGACGCUGGUGGUGCAGUCUACGCCAACGAUCACCAUAUCCCCUUCCAAUGACGUACAAGUCGUCGUCGGACAGAGAGUGAGGUUAGAAUGUCGGGCCACCGGAGAUCCUCCGCCAACAGUGGAGUGGUCAAAACACAGAACUGGCUAUGCUUUCUAUGACACACAUCCUGUAACUAGUGUGACACCGCAGACAGCUGUGUAUGAGAUUACUCGUGUAACAAAGGCAGAUGAAGGGUCAUACAGUUGUUUGGCACGCAAUGCAGCUGGAACUGCUGAAGAGAGGUUGCAUCUUACAGUGGAAGAAAAUGAACUUACUGGUGGAUCGUUUCCAGGCCGGGGAGACAUACCAGGUGAACAUGACAGCAGAACGGAACCCCCCUAUUCUGGAAACACUAUUUACCCAACAUACGCACCUGGGAGGAAUGACAGCAGGGUUGUGCUUUCAGAUGAUGAGUUUAGAGUCCCGGUUGAAGGUCGGGCAGAGAUGAGGUGCAUAGUCAGAGGAAACCAUGACCGCAUAUUCUUGAAUUGGAUCCGCUCAGACAACUCACUGAUGCCACAGAACCACCAAAUCCAUGAAGGCGUACUGUACAUCAACAAUGUUCAGCCCUCAGACGCAGGAGAAUACUCGUGUCUUGGUAUUGGUCCAACUGGCUCUGUUCUCUUUACUGCCACGGCCCGCCUUGUAGUCAUUGCUCCACCACGAAUACAACUGAACCCAACUCGGCAGGUGGUUCGACCUGGUGAUGAUGCAUUCAUCCAUUGCACAGCAUCUGGUGAUCAGCCUAUUGACAUCCAGUGGAGUGCUCUAGGGCGAAACUUGCCGCGCUCUGUCACUAUAUCACAAGGCGUGUUGCGGUUCCAUGGCAUUGCAGUUUCUGAUGCAGGCCGUUAUCUGUGUCAUGCAAGGAAUCCUGCCGGUGAAGCAGAGGCAGUAGCUGAGGUGGUUGUGAGUGAAAACACUCGAGCACCUAUAGUAACCGCUGUUCAACAUGAUCAAUCAACAUAUGAAGGAACAUCAGUGCAGCUUCGGUGUGUUGUGCCUCCCGGACCUGGUCGUCCCCCCUACAUCACUUGGACACGCGAUAGGUCACCUUUACCAGCCAAUGCUGUUGUUCGUGGAGAUGUACUGCAGUUGACCAACGUCCAGUUUUCAGAUCAAGGACGUUACAUUUGUGAGGUCCGAAGUGAUGCCGGACAUGCAUCAGACUACAUAAAUCUUAGGGUAGACCGGGCAAGAUCAGGUGGCCAGGUGGGCCGUGCAGGGAGAGAGGUGACGUACUCCUUACCCUGCAGCAAUGAGCUGUUGUGUCCGCCCGUAAUCACGUUCUGCGAGUGCUUCGACCCGGAUUGCCUGCCCCCGCGCAUAGGACGGGGUGUUUCCAGCCUUGCUUUACGAAUUGAUGCUAGUCAGGAUGUAAUUCGUGUUGGUGACACUGUUGACGUCCAAUGCUCAGCCUCAGGAGAUCCCUCAGUCACGUUCUUGUGGACCAAAGUUGGAGAAAGAAUUGAAAACAAUGUUCAGGUUUCUGGAAACUUGUUGAGAAUUACUGAUGUGAGGCCAAGCAACGGUGGUGUGUAUCGAUGUACGGCUCGAACAAGCACUGGCUCGUAUGAUGAAGACUAUGUGCUUGGAAUACAAGAUUCUGUGGACAUCCACCAUGAUGCGGCUGCAGUGGAGACUCGGACAGCCCCUUAUGGCUCAACCGUUGUUAUGGAUUGCCGUACAGAUUUGGAGCCACCUGUGAGCUUCAAUUGGUCAAAACAAGGUGGAGUUCUUCCCAGAGACUCCAGCACUCGAGAUGCAAUGCUGUCAAUUCCAGAUGUACAAGCUCAGGAUGCAGGGACCUACAUAUGUACAGCUAGAAAUAAAAAUGUAAAAAUGGACAUUCCAACUGUGCUGGUAGUGACUGGUGUAGUGCCAUACUUUGCCCAGGCACCAACCUCUUUUAUGGCACUGCCAACAUUGCCAGAUGCUUAUCUGCAGUUCAACAUUGAAGUGUCCUUCAAGCCUGAGAGCACAGAUGGCUUGAUCCUUUACAAUGGGCAGCAGAAAGGAGGCGGUGGUGACUUUGUGUCACUUGGUCUAAACAACAGCCAUGUGGAGUUCAGAUUUGACGUUGGCUCUGGUCCAGCCAUCAUCAAGUCUGAUCGCCCAAUUAGCCUUGGAGAAUGGCACACUGUUAAACUGAGUAGGACCAGGAAACAAGGCACAAUGUAUGUGGAUGGCGAGGGUCCAUAUAGUGGAACAGCCCUUGGAAGGUUCCAAGGGCUUGAUUUGGUUGAACCGCUGUAUGUAGGAGGAGUACCUGAUUUCAGAAACAUUCACAGACUCAACGGAUUUACCCGAGGUUUUGUUGGUUGCAUAAGUCGCCUUCUUAUCGGAUCAGUCCAUCAUGAAUUGGUGCGUGAUGCCACACUGAGUCAUGGUGUCACAACUUGUGAGACUUGUGCAGUGAACCCAUGCUUGAAUCAAGGGGUCUGCCAGGAAGCCACAGAAUUACAGGGCUACUCGUGUAUCUGUCCUCCAGGCUUCAGUGGGCUCAACUGUGACCGGGUUGGUGAGGCUUGCUUUCCAGGAGCGUGUGGGGUUGGGCGUUGUAUCAACAGAGAUGAAGGUUUUGAGUGUCUGUGUCCGUUUGGCAAGCAUGGAGCACACUGUGAAAAUGACAUUGAUAUCUCAGAACCAGCCUUUGCAGAUGGUGCUUACGUAUCCUACCCUACACCUAAAGCUGUUCGCAGGUUAAAAAUGGCUCUUAAGUUCAAUCCUGUAGAUGCUCAAGAUGGACUGCUGAUGUACUGUGCACAGAGUGAAGACGGUCAAGGUGACUUCACAUCCCUAGCAAUUCGGGACAAGAGAUUGGAGUUCAGGUUUGACACUGGCUCAGGCCCAGCUGUGAUUCGUAGUGAGCGUGAUAUAACACCUGGAGAAUGGACAUCAGUUUCUGUGGGCCGUAGUUUCCGAGAAGGUCAAAUUACAGUUAAUGAUGAUUCACCAAUAGUUGGCCAAUCCCCUGGUCAUACACGUGGCCUUAACCUCAAGACGCCAUUGUAUGUUGGAGGUUAUGAUGAGCAACGCAUACGCCUUGCUGAUGGUGUUGGAGUGAAGAAAGGUUUCAGUGGUUGUGUAAGAGAGAUUCAACUGUCAGGUGAGAAACUGGACAUUAUCAGUUCAGUUGUGGAUGCGGCCAAUGUCCAAGACUGUAGCAGUUUGUAUAGUAGAAAUCAUUAUGUAACUAGUUCGCCUUGUGAUCGUAACCCCUGUCUCAAUGGUGGCACUUGCCGACUGACAGACUCGAGUGGACACUACAAUUGCACGUGUCAGGAAGGAUUCAGUGGACAGCACUGUGAGAUGGAGACGGAUCUCUGUGCUGCUCUUCAUCCGUGUCACAAUGGCGGUCAGUGUGUGGGAACCCCUAAUUCUUAUAAAUGCAGGUGUCCAACUGGCUAUGGGGGCACCAACUGUGAACAGGCUGCAGAAUUUUCAUCAGAAGUCAGUUUCCAAGGUGAUGGCUACAUUGAGCUGAGCAACUCUUUAUUACCGCACAAGACAGCCACAGAGAAUGAAGUGAUUACCAUUGAAUUCUCAACCACUGAGCCUAAUGGUCUUAUCUUCUGGCAUGGGCAGACAUCAGAUACUGACGGAAGGACACAAGAUUAUGUUGCUCUAGCUGUUGUGAAUGGCCUACUGGAGUUCAGCUACGAACUGGGGUCAGGUCCAGCUCAGAUUCAGACCCAGGCAGACGCGAGAGUGGAUGAUGGUAAGCGCCACCAUGUGGUACUGAAGAGACAGGGUAGCGAUGGGAGUAUUGAGCUGGACAGUAUCACAGAGUUUGGGGAGAGUCAAGGCGUUCUCAAGAUGCUCAACACUCGUGGAAAUAUUUAUAUUGGUGGAUUACCUGACUUCGAUCACAUGACUGGCGGAAAAUACUUACGUGGUUUUGUGGGCUGUAUCCACUCUUUACUUAUCCAAGAUACAAGUGGUUCAGGAUUGAACUUCAGAGAGAAUGCUCUCUACAGUGUAAACGCUUUACCUUGCACCAAAACACGCUGGAUUCCAUCCUCUUUGGUUUACACCAAUGUUGCAAGUGAAACAAACCGCCCAUCACCUGUGAUACCACCAAUUCAGAAAAUUUCUUCUAGAGCUCAGACCAUAACAGUUUCAAUGCAGAUACUGAUACUUAACCCGUUUUUACUACUCUUCUGGUUUGAACUCGUCGUGAUUUCACCAUUUCCUUUAUUUCGUAGGCUCCAAUGAACAUGAAUGUGCCAGUGAAUUGGAUACCAAUUGUUUGUUUUAAUUUUGUUUGUCUAACAUUAAUGACAAAGAGGUUUGUAUAAUUGUCUGUAAGACUGUGCGGUAUUUAUUAAAAUCAAAGAGAAUCGUGUAAAAUGUGAAGCUUUUAACAGAAACAUUUUUUUUUUGAACACCGAGUUAUGCUCUUGUACAUUUGCUUCAGUUACACGUGUCCACAAUAGUUUGUUUUAUAUAAUUCGUCUAAUUAUAUACUUUAUAUUGCCUUUUUGGUGCGUAUUUUCCGUACGUGAACAUGGAUAUUGUUCCGGGAUCCUUUUCUAAUUUUCAUUUUUGAAUUGUAUAAAAUUAGGAUUUAGGUAGAUGCAUGGGCGUGUAAAAUGUAUUUAUGCAAGCAAAUUCCUACUUGAAGUUAAUGCAGAAUUGUGUAUAUAUGUAUUGUGAGACAGUAAAUAUAUGAAAUAUUUAGUGUUUUUGAUAAAGAAUAUGCUAAAGUAACAAACUUUCACGAAAUAUAUUUUGUACAAUGAAAUGGUUAUAUAUAAAUUUUAGAAUGAAAAUGAAAUGGUGUUUCCUAGACAUGUUCAGAUAUAUUAGAAAUUGUGCCAAACCCCCAAACUGUCUUUGUAAUUCUCCUCUAUACAGAUCUGUGGUCUGCAAUUUCUGAUAUGAUUUUUUCUACGUCAAAUGCUCAUAUUUAUCAGUUUACAAUAGGCAAAAUGUAAAAACAAUAUUUUGUCUCCAUAUUGAUGUUUCAAGAAGUAUACAAAUACCAGCCUCUUAGAAGAAUGACUGAGCUUCUUAGUAGUCUUAUUAUUUUCAGGGCAAAUCUGGAUGUAUUAUCCAAAUUAUUUUAAUGUUGACAUGCAUGUUCUUGUUGCUGACUGCUUCUGUAACUGGACUGGGCAUGUUAUUUAUUGUCUACAACCCUGCAUUGAAAACUUUGCUUCUAAUAACAGUUACAUGUGGAAUGUACAUCACAAAAUAUGAGUAAGGCAACGGUGAUAUUUUGGGUUUUUGCGGAAGUGAUAGUUAAGAUUGCGAUUUUCUGGGUUGUGACAAUGUUUUGGAGGAUCCUACAUGAUAAUUCAGUGUCUCAGUCCGGGAGGUAACUAUCUAAGGGCAGCAGUAAUUAUAAUAAAUGCAGUGUGUUAGAUAUAUAUGUGUAUUUGUUUAUGCAUAUGUAU